UCCUUCCUUCCUUGCUUCCUUCCAUCCUUGCUUCCUUCCCUUCUCGCUUCCUUCCUUCUUUGCUUCCUUGCUUCAUUCCUUCCUUGCUUCCUCACUUCAUUCCUUCGCUUCCUCCCUUCCUAGCUUCCUUCCUUUCUCACUUCCCUCCUUUCUUUCUUGCUUCCUUCCUUGCUUCCCUCCUCGCUUCCUUCCUCGCUUCCUUCCUUCCUCCCUUCCUUGCUUCCUCGCAUUCUUGCAUCCUUCCUUCCUCGCUUCCUUCCUUCCAUCCUUGCGCCCUUCCUUCCUUUCUUGCAUCCUCCCUUCCUUGCUUCCUCACUUCCUUCCUUCUUCGUUUCCUUGCAUUCUUCCUUCCUCGCUUCGUUCCUUCCUUGCUUCCUUCCUUCCUUGCUUCCUCGCUUACUUCCUUCCUCGCAUCCUUCCUUCCUUGCUUCCUCGUUUCCUUGCUUCCUCCCUUCCUUGCUUCUUUCCUUCUUUCCUUGCUUCCUCACUUCUUUCCUUCCUCGCUUCCUUCCUUCCUUGCUUCUUUCCUUCCUCGCUUCCUACCUUCCUUUCUUCCUCGCCUCUUCUUUUCUUGCUUCCUUCCUUCUUUGCUUCCUUCCUUCCUCGCAUCUUUCCUUCCUCGCUUGCUUCCCACCUUGCUUCCUCGCUUCCUUCCUUCCUCGCUUCAUUCCUUCCUUGCUUCCUCGCCUCUCUUUUUCAUCGCUUCCUUCCUUCCCUCCUUGCUUCCUCGCUUUCCUUCCUUCCUCGCCUCUUCUUUUCUUGCUUCCUUCCUUCCUUGCUUCCUCGCUUCCUUCCGUCCUCGCAUCUUU